AGUGGAAAUCACCACAUGGAAAGAAUUAGAAAUCAUAGAUGCUGCAUCCUCAGAUUUAAAGAUUAGAAGGUAUCAGGUUGGAGUGGGUAUGGUUUGUAGAUUGUAGGUUUGAGUUACAACCAGCAGACGGCGGCAGAUAACCUCCUUCAUGAAUGAAAAGGCGGAGACAUGGGUGGAGUCCCCUCAACCUGAACCUGUAACUCUAGGUAGGAGUUCCUGUCAGACUGGACCAACCUCAGGUACAAGAGCGUCCUCCUCCUCCUCCUCCUCCUCCUACAGAAGAGUCUUCUCUCACUUCAGCUCCCCAGCGCCAAGAAGGUAAGAAGAAGUUUCUAAGAAAUGUUGGAGAGACUUUUAAACUGGAUGAUGAUUUUAUCAACAGUGACAGGGUGAAUAGAAAUGCUCUGACUGUGAUUCUGCUCUUCAGCUUUCUUACUGCAAACAGACGCUCAGAAACAGCAGCUGGAGACAAAGAUGGCAGCGGCGCCCAUGCGUGUUUUGGUGACCGGUGGAUCUGGACUGGUGGGGAAAGCCAUCGAGCAUGUGGUUCUGCAGGAAGGGGGGAAACUGGAGGGAGAGGAGUGGAUUUUCCUGUCCUCCAAGGACGCAGAUCUGACGUAAGUUUCUUUAAGUCAAAGAUAGAAAUACUGUCUGAUAGAUGUCACACUGCAAAGAGAGUCUGAACACGACUCAAGGAUGACAGUCUCUGAUUUAGAGUUCAGUCUGAGGUAUCAGAGACUUUUAGUCCCAGGAACUUGUCCUCUGUGUCUCUGCAGGGCCUGAGGGACUUUGUGUCUCCAUUGUAAAUAAGUGUAAAAAAGUCAAACCUGCUUCACAGGUUCACUGAGAUUACAGACACAACGUUUAUUUACUGAAACUGUUAUUAACUAAAUGAAUCCAAUCUCAUCAUCCGGUUUCUCUAUGCCCUCAGAUUAACUCUGAGUUUAAAGGGAUAUUCCAGCUAAUUAAGGGUCAAACACACCGUAACACCGAGUUAGACCCCCCCUCCAGAGAUGAAUGUUGUCGACCGCUUGCUUCUCUAGUUAUACCAACUUUAGUAACGACCGCAGGACAGAAAUACAGAGAGGUCUGAGGAGCCAUAAACAAACCUCAACCAAAACGCCACUCUAUAGCCACAAAUAAUGCUCAGAACAGCACCUAACUGAGACCUGAGACCUCAGGCCAGUCCAUUACGGACUACAGCGGGGUGCCGCAGCUCAAGGAAGAACAUUUAUGAUCAUUUCUUUAUCAUUUCCUUGAAGUAAUAAUCAUUAUAUUGAUCAUUUUCCUCUGCAGACGCGGUAGUUCUUCUGUCUUAGCGUCUCGGUCUGAUUAUAUUCUUUCCUUUUCUUUCCUUUUGAACAAUAAAUCAUUUUUUACCACUCAAACCGGACUGAUCAUUCAAGCUAGUCACGGAUGCAAGCGAACCUAAACUCUAGCGGCCUUUUUGUAGAAGGAAAGCAGACACUGAAAUUCUCAUAAAUGUUCUUCCUUGAGCUGCGAAACCCCGCUGUAGUCCAUAUUGGACUAGCCUGAGGUCUCCCUACCUCACUCCCUAAGUUAAAAAGAUGUUUGGUGUCUAGUACUAUGGCUGUGACCCUAUAUGUACUAACCUCAGUAGAACAAGGUGUAGUUCCGUUCAGUAACAGAACCUCAUUGGAAAAUUAGCUGAUUUAACUUUACUGUGCUCUUGUUCAAAUAUAUUAACUCGACAGCACAUAUAUUCAUACCUGUUAACAAAAUCAUGAUUUUAUUGAUAAUUCGGCUCAAUAAAAACACCUUUACCUUUUCAUUUUACUACAGUAGAAGUUUAUUGGCCCAGCUUAUAGACUACAGAAGUGAAGAAACGACCCCGCUUAAGUUUGUUUUUUUAGGAGUUAGAACAACUCUGAAUAUAGUACUAUGUCUGUGACCCUAUAUGUCCUGUUGAUGAAGUUAGGUGCUGUUCUGAGCAUUAUUUGUGGCUAUAGAGUGGCGUUUUGGUUGAGUGUAUGAAUGUAAAGUUCCUGAGGAGAACCUUAUACUCUGGACUUCAGAGAACACCUCCAGGUCCUUUAAACAUCAUAAAAACUUCCGACCCCGAACAGAAACCUGGAGCAGACCAAAGCUGCGUUUGAGAAGCAUCGCCCCACGCACGUCAUCCACCUGGCCGCCAAAGUGGGAGGACUUUAUCUGCACAUGAGGGAGAACCUGCACUUCCUGGUGAGAUCAUGGUUCUGUUCAGGAUCUGUACUGAGGACCAGGUGAGUCAAAAACUGCUGAGGUAACAGUCCAACAUCUCCACAGAGAGACAACCUCAAGAUCAACGACAACGUCCUGCAGACCGCUCAUGAGAUGGGGGUCACCAAGGUGGUCUCCUGCCUGUCCAGCUGUAUUUUCCCAGAUAAGACCACCUACCCCAUCGACGAGACCAUGGUGAGUUUCUGUGUGUGUGACACCUGUCCACCUGUGAACUCCUGAUGACCCAAACAUCUGCUCCUGUUCUGACCCGAGUCUCUCUGCGGUCCACAGAUCCAUGACGGUUUACCUCACGACUCCAACUUCGGUUACUCUCACGCUAAAAGGAUGAUCGACGUCCAGAACAGGUGAGCAGCUGAGCAAACAAAGGCGUGGAGCAGAGAGAGCAGAGGGAUCUGUCUCUGUCAUCCCAGAUAAGACCACCUGGCGACCCCAUCGACGAGACCAUGGUGAGUUUCUGUGUGUGUGACACCUGUCCACCUGUGACACUCCUGAUGACCCAAACAUCUGUGUGUGUGCAUGUAUGUGUGUGGGCGUGUCCACAGGGCGUACUUCCAGCAGUACGGCCAUCACUACACCGCCGUCAUCCCCACAAACGUGUUCGGCCCCCACGACAACUUCAACAUCGAGAACGGACACGUGUUGUCGGCGUUGAUGAACAAGACGUACAGAGCAAAAAGUGACUAACACACACACAAACACACACAAACACACACACACACACACACACAGAGCAGAUAACAUGAAGAGUGUUUUACUUCCAGAGGACGGGACCCCUCUGACGGUGUGUGGCUCCGGGGCCCCGAGGAGACAGUUUAUUUACUCUCUGGUGAGCGAAAGUUCAGACUCUCGAUCAUCUCUGAACGUUUCUGAAGAGACUCAGUUUGUAAAAAUCCUCUCUCUCUCUUUUUCUCUCUCUCUCUUCCUCUCCCUCCCUCUCUCUGUCUCUCUCUCUCUCUCCCUCUCUCUCUCUCUCUUCCUCUCUGUCUCCCUCUCCCUCUCCCUCCCUCUCUCUGUCUCUCUGUCUCUCUCUCUCUCUCUCUCUCUCUGUCUCUCUCUCUCUCUCCCUCUCUCUCUCUGUCUCUCCCUCUGUCUCUCUCUCUCCCUCUGUCUCUCUCUCUCUCUCUUCCUCUCUGUCUCCCUCUCCCUCUCCCUCCCUCUCUCUGUCUCUCUGUCUCCCUCUCUCUCUCUCCCUCUCUCUCUCUCUCUCUCCCUCCUUCUCUCUCUCUCUCUCUCUCUCUCCCUCUCUGUCUGUCCCUCUCUCCCUCUCUCUCUCCUUCUCCCCCUCUCUCUCUCUCUCUCCCUCUCUCUCUCUCUCUCUCUCUCUCUCUCUCUCCCUCUCUCUCCCUCUGUCUCUCUCUCUCUCUCUCUCUCUCUCUCUCUCCUCUCUGUCUCCCUCUCCCUCUCCCUCCCUCUCUCUGUCUCUCUGUCUCCCUCUCUCUCUCUCUCUCUCUCUCUCUCUCUCUCUCUCUCUCUCUCUCUCUCUCUCUCUCUCUCUCUCUCUCUCUCUCUCUCUCUCUCUCUCUCUCUCUCUCUCUCUCUCUCUCUCUCUCUCUCUCUCUCUCUCUCUCUCUCUCUCUCUCUCAGGAUCUAGGCCGUCUGAUCGUUUGGGUUUUGAGAGAAUAUGAAGAGAUCAGUCCUGUUAUCCUCACAGGUGAGUGUCCGCCCUCUUUUCACCUGUAGGGGUCAGCAGAGAGCGCUCGGUUUGUUCCUAAACUGAUGAUUUCUCCUCAGUUGGCAAAGACGACGAGGUCUCCAUUAAAGACGCCGUGGACAUGAUCGCAGCAGCUCUGGACUUUGGCGGAGAAAUUCAAGUAUCCUUCACAGAUUUCUGAUCUUUGAGACGCUGCAGGUUCGAGAAGGUUCAGGUUCUCAGAUCUACUGCAGUCCGUGUUUUUGACCACGAACCACGGUUUCCUCUUAACUAAUGAACGGCGGUGUGAGUGUUGUCUCUCCUUAACCUCUGACCUCAGUAUGACACCUCCAUGUCUGACGGCCAGAUGAAGAAGACCGCCAGUAACGCCAAGCUGAGACGUUACCGCCCUGACUUCACCUUCACGCCGCUGAAAGAAGGUCAGAGGUCACUCUCUCCUCCAUGUUCAUACUUACUGAACUCUGACUCUCCCUCAGAGAGACGCAGGACUUUAGAUCAUUUUAAAAAUAAUCGAUCAGGUUAAUUUACAGUUUUUAAUAAUCAGUCGGACUCUGAGGUCUGGAGGGUUCGGUCUGAGUGCGGCGCUCCCUCAGGAUCAGCUGAUUUGAAUGAGCGUUUGCAUACAUCCUCAUCCUGAUUUGACUCUCUCCUUUGUCCUCUCUCGGGUCAACGUGGAGACGCUGACUCAUGCUUCUAUCACCUCUCCUACAGACUACUGUAACGCCCUGUUUUCUGGUCUUCUUAAAAAGAAGAUUUUACAAAACUCAGCGGCACGUGUCCUGACUAAGACCAGGAGGCGGGCCCACAUUACAGCGGUUUUAGAAUCACUGCGUUGGCUCCCCGUGUUUUAGGAUCCACUUUAAGCUUCUUUUACUUGUUUUUAAAUGUCUUAAUGAUCCUUGGCUUCUUAUCUUUACCUUACGAACCUCACGGACCCUCCGCUCCUCUGGCAGCGUCUCCUCGUCGUUCCUAAAGUCAGGACGCACUCAUGGCGAGGCGUCUUUUCAAUAUUACGGCCCUCGUCUGUCGGAGAACCUCAGGGCCACAGAAAAAGUUUUUAAGAGCGGGCUCCAGACCCUCCUUUUUAGUUUUUAAUUAAUAUUUAUCUGUUUUAUCUUCAUUUAUUCUAGUUUUCUUUGGUUUAUUUUAUAUUUAUCAGUAUUUAUUGUCACAAAGAUGGUCGGUGUUUUAUUCAUAUUUUAGUUUUUAGUCGUUUUUAUUCUUUGAUCAUUUUUAGGAAGAGUUUUUCUGUUUUUGUUUUUAACUGUAAAUCACUCUGAGUUUUAUUCCUCGUAGGAAAAUCGCUUUAUAAAUAAAGUUUGAUUGAUUGAUUUUUUUCCUCUCUCCUCCCAGCUGUCAAGAUGACCUGUGAUUGGUUUACAGCCAACUAUGACAUCGCUCGCACAUGAAGAGACCGAACCCUGAGCUGAAAGUUUUGAUUCUGUUUGUUUCUAAUCAGGUGGUUU